GGUGCGGUUGACAAGAUGGCGGCGGCGCGUGCGGCUGUGCGGCGGUCCCGGCGGAUCUUCGACAUCUUCGUGGCCGAGGUUCCGUGGACGGUGUCGAGCAAGGAGCUGAAGGAGUACUUCUCCCAGUUCGGGUCGGUGCAGAGGUGCCAGUUGCCCUUCGACAAAGACACAGGCUUUCACAAACGUUACUGCUGGAUUAAAUUCUCAUCUCCAGAAGAGGUUCAGAAUGUGCUUCAGAAGGACUCCCACAUCCUGGAAGGUGCCAAGGAGUCAGCAGCUGUCACUGUUGCUCUCACACAUUAACGUCUACGUUCCAUACAAAUGUUUCAGAAAAAUCAGAAAUAAAAAGAAGUCAAAGCUUCUUGCCUAACGUGCACAAUUUCCAUUGUUUUCAGCUCUCUCUCAGACCGCAGCAAGGUAGAAAAUACUUCAACCACAGAGAGAAUCAACGUGAAUGAACUGUGGAAAGAGGCUUUAUUUCACUAAAUGUAAAGAAACUGAAAUAAAGAUUAUGGAGAAACUGUGA